ACACUGCAAUCACAAGUUCAUUAUUUUGCCGCGAACAGGCGUAUUGUUUAUUUGAUUAAGGAGCCCAAUUUGUUGCACAAAAUGGCUUUCAAUGCCACCGGUGAUUGCCAGAUUGUGUUGCAAACCUAUAAGUAUAAAAAGCAACACAUCAUCUGCCGCACCAAAGUGCUACCGAGCCUUGUCACCCACUUUGGCAAGAAAUCAAAUGACUAUCACUGGAUGACGCCUGCCAGCUGGACUAACAUUGAAAGUGGCUUGUGGGGCCUGUUCGAGAAGGAGCAGGACACUGUUCAAAGCGUGCAUGCGGAGCUCCUCAUAGAGCACAUCAAAGUGCGUGUCGAUUCCACGGAAAAUCGGCAUUCAUAUUCCCAGAAACUGUUACCUGGAGUUACAAUGUCGGAAAAUGAUCUGUAUCUGAAUGUACAGCUGGAAUAUGUGCCGCAAGAGGCUACUACCACUAUAGGAAAGGGAAUCGACAGCACCAGCAAAGGCCGCGAUGUCGCCACUUCGAAAGCCAGGUGUGUGUGAAUCAAAAACAAAAACUCCAAAUGUGAUGUGCACACUUCUUUCAUUCACACUUCUUACAGCGACCAUGAAGCGCACAAAUAUAAACAUAAAAGCUCCAGACACGGCCAUGGUUCUCGUGAAAGGAAACAAACCAAACAGACGCAUAUUUCACGUUCAGUGUUCAAUGCUCGGAGGUCCACUUCAGAAGAAUCUGAGAAAGAAAAAUCCUCGAAGCGCAGUCGCUCUUCACGUGAAAAAAAACCAACCAAACGGACGCAUAGUUCACGUUCAAUUGACAAACAGGCAGAACGAACUCGGGAGACGGGCAAAUCUCCCAACAAAAUGCACAGCGCUCCGAAAUCUAUUGCACAAUAUUUU